GUUUGAUCAAGAUUGCAUCAGAGUCUGAAACAUCAUCCAAGAAUGAGCGUCUGGUUUUUGACAUCCCUGGAUGAUAGCGGUCAUGGCUUUUUGUAAUGAAAGCCUGCUGGAGGAGGAGUGCGCCUUCAUGGGGCCGGACAUGCUAGACGAAGCAGGGGAAAGUCUCCCGUCGGAAGCUGCCACCCCCCUCAUAUCGGUCACUCUGCGCGUGACCCUGGCAGCCUUAAUGAUCUUCAUGAUUACGAUCGGUUUCCUCGGCAACGCGAUCGUGUGUCUGAUUGUUUACCAGAAGCCCGCCAUGCGUUCUGCCAUCAAUCUCCUCCUCGCCACGUUGGCCUUUUCGGACAUCAUGCUCUCCCUGCUCUGCAUGCCCUUCACCACCGCCGACUGGAGCUUCGGAAGCGGGUUCUGCCGAGCGUCCAUCAUGCUGUACUGGCUGUUCGUCCUGGAGGGCGUGUCCAUACUCCUCAUCAUCAGCGUGGACCGUUUCCUCAUCAUUGUGCAGCGGCAGGACAAGCUGACCCCGCACAGAGCCAAACUGUUGAUCGCAGGCUCAUGGGUGCUGAGCCUGUGUGUGUCUCUGCCGUCUGUCGUGGGCUGGAGGACGGGUGCAGCCAGUAUCGGGGGUGCCUGGGCGCCGCAGUGCGUGCUGGGUUACAGUGAUUCUCUGGCGGACCGCGGCUACAUGGUGCUGUUGGCAGUUGCGGUAUUCUUUGUGCCGUUCACUGUCAUGCUGUACUCUUACAUGUGCAUCCUCAACACCGUGCGCCGCAACACCCUGCGCAUCCACAACCACACCAGCGAGCAUUCCUGCCUGCCAGCCCCCAACCAAGUCAGCAAAAUGAGACUCCCCGGCCUGCAGCGGCCGCCUCAGAUCAAGGUGGACAUGAGCUUCAAGACGAGAGCCUUCACCACCAUCCUCAUCCUCUUUGUCGGUUUCUCUGCCUGCUGGCUGCCGCACACGGUGGUCAGCUUGCUGGCGGUGUUCAGCCAGCAGUUCUACUACAGCUCCGUCUUCUACCCGAUCAGCAUCGGAGCCCUGUGGCUCAGCUACCUGAAGACGGUCUUCAACCCGGUCAUCUACUGCUGGAGGAUCCGAAAAUUCAGGGAGGCCUGUCAGGAGUUCAUUCCCAAGAGCUGCAGGCUGUGUCCCAGAGUGCCGGGCCGGAGCCGCAGGAGAGUGAGACCCAGCAACAUCUACGUGUGCAGCGAGAUUCAGUCAGCGGUGUGAAGCGAGGAGGGCCAGUUGGUCGACGCCCAGCAGGUGUCGACAUCAGCUGGUUAUAACUCGUAGUUUUUCUGCUAAUAAGCAAUCAGAACUCACUUUAAACACAUAAACCAGUCUCUGACCAAAUAAUCUCACCGCAAGAAUGAACUUUCAUUGUCAAUUUUGAAGCCAGCGAGAAUAGAAGAUAAUUAUUCUACGAUAACUGGACAACUGUAGCCAUUGAAGAAGGUCAUGGGAUAUAAUCGGAAGCUCCAUAACAGCUGCUGAAAAGACCUUGUGAAUAUAUGGAGCAAUUGUUUUCAAACUUUGUUCAGAUAUUAUGGUUUCUAAAAUAUACUGCCAAACUAUUUCAUAUCAACCAUUGUCAAUUUACUUCUCCAUUUCAUAAUUUGUCACUGAUGUGUUUUAUCAAUGGAAUUGUUUCUUCCUACUGUUGAAAGAAAAGCAUACCCAGUAUUAGUGUUUAUUGAUGUUCUCUGAGGAAAGUCUGUAAGCUUUCUACUGAUGCUUUAAAAAUAAUAAUAAUUUGAAUGAAAUUGUGUGCAGAAACAUGCUGUGUGAGGUGAAACUGUUAAUUACAACUGUGUGCAUGUCAACAAAGAAGUGUGUCAGUU